ACCGCACAAUGUCGGAAAUAUUUUGCACCAAAUUGUAUGUAUAAAAAAACAACGAAACUAUACGCAACAAAAACCUCCCAGUCGAACAAUUCAGGCAUUAAUACUUGCUCGAAUAAUCAGCAACAUUUUGCGAUGUGCAAAGAUUUGUCCAGUUGAAGUUUAGCUACUGUACCAUAUAGAUCACGAACGGUUUAUUCGCAUUCUACCAUUUUUUUUUCGAUACAAAAUGAUUAUUUUAACAUCGAUCAUAUAUUUCUCGUUGUUUCUUCUCGCAUUUGGACAAAGUAAGUAAACUAAUUAAAACGAGGAGGUAUUAAUUAUAAAACAAUGCAUUUUAUACAUACGUGAUACUCUAAAAAUAUGGGUUUUGUUUGCAUGAUGAGCAGUGAAAACAAACUCUGGUAAAUAGCAACGCUUCAGUAUGCUACAUGUUGCCAACGUACUGUAGAUAUCGCUAAUAACUGUGGUGAUUUUUUAAUGAAACCUCACUAAUAAGAGAGGUACUCUUCACAUUCGUCACCACAUCAGAUGGUAAACCCAGCAUGAAACCCGAAGCUCAAAUGCCAUGCUCUAGUAAAUCUGUCGCUGUCCGAUGGUUCGUAGUGUCAAGUGCGUGAGGUAAUGGGAUGACUUUUUCACACAUUUUUUUUCCUCCUUGUUUGACCACCAUUUUUGUAUGCUUAUUGGUCAUACAUAGCUUGACCGCGUAAAGUGUGACACAUUCUAGUGUUUCGAUGGCAAGUGGCAAAGAACAUUACCGAUGACAUUGAAGGUUUUUAUCCAGCGGCAUGUGAUUCUAUUGUUCCUGUUUUUGUGCACUAAUCCAUCCAUUGCUUAAAAGCAGAAAAAUUACCCGCCCAGCUGUUAGUAGUGUACGUUCUGAUCGGUUGUACGCGUCCAGUUGAAACUGUCGUGUGGUGAGAAGGUUAUGUCGUUGGACGAAAUCUGUUGGAAACUGCUAAUGUUUCCCUGGCUGGUGAAACUAGCUCAUUGGAAAGGAAUCUGUGUGAAUCAUCUGCGCACAACGACACCAUUCCCGUUCAUAACACUGCCACCGAAUUAUACCUUUCCUGGAUCGACUGUAUCCGCCACGAUACCAUUUACACCGCUGACAAGUCCUUCGCUGACGUUCAGCACUGGAACUACCCCGACGGGGCCACCGUUUACUUCAACCACGUUCGCAACAGCAAGCCCAACCGCACCGUUAACGUUUACCACAGUACCGAUAACGGCAACAGUUACCGUGCCCACAUUUACCUCCACACCAUUCAGUACUCAAACAUCCACGUCUACCGUCAUCGGUUCUACGUUUCCAACCAAUAGUAUCCCAAAUUCGGGUGUUACUUCUACCCCAAGCACACCGCUUUUCCCUACGGUUACUUUUACUAAUCCACCCACGGGUAGUACUAUUCCUGGUGCUAUACUAACGUCCACACUGUCACCCGUUACUCCCGUAACGGGUAUAUCACCGCUGCCAACGUUCCCAACCUUCCUUACGACGAUCAAUCCACCGAUUCUUACCAGUACGGUUCCUUCCAUAACGACCGUUUCCUGUCCACCGAUUCCACCCACCUGUCCACCGUCUGUGCUAACGUCCACAACGUUUUCGGGCUUUGAGCCAAUGCCUAGCAUCGAUCCUAGGCAAACUUUCAACGGAUGUCCGUGCAUUGAUCCGCGAGCGAUAUUGGUGACUACUGCUAGAAGUUGAGCAUUUGUAGAAAGUAUGAACUUGGAUUUCGUGACUAAUGCAGAUCAAAAAUGCUUAUCCGUUGACCCGCG